GCAGUCGGAGAGGUACAACGGGCAGGCGAACGGCAGGGCCGAGAGAGCCAUCCAGACGGUGAGGAAGCAAGUGGGGACGUUGAUGCUGCAGGUCAACAAGAAGCUGAAGCACGACCUCAAGCCCGACUCUCCGUUCCUCGCGUGGUUGCCGAGGCGUGCAGCGUGGCUCUACAACGGAUGCGUAGCCAGGGAGGACACCAACCUCGCGCCCUGCGAGAAGACCCGCAUGCUCAAGUACCAGAACCCCAUCGUCGCAGUCGGCGAGGCAGUGAUCUGCAGGAGGCCAGGAGCCCAGGUCAACAGGCUGGCGUUGUCGUGGCUGGAGGGCAUCUGGCUGGGGCGCGGCGCGAGGGCGGGCGAGCGCCUGAUCGGAACGCCGACGGGGGCGCGCAGGUCCAGGGCGGCGAAGAGGAAGGUGGAGAGCCGACGCUGGGACAAGGAGCUGUUCGACAAGAUGAGGCGACUGGAGGCGAAGAGGCCCAGGGACGAGGCGGCAGGACCGUCAGCGCCGAGGGCGCCGCCACCGCGGCCAGUGGGCAUUCCGCUGGUAGAGAGAGGCCCCAAGCGAGAACCCGAGGGCGGAGAAGGAAGCGAAGGCAAGAAGUCCAGGGUCACUACCAUCCAGAUGAUCAGUGCGGUCAGGGGGAUGUGUGAGGAGCCGCAGGUGGAGGGCGAGGAGACGCGCGCGCUGCGGGGCGACUUCGCGGAGGCAUGGAAGGAGUGCUUGGAGAAGAUCGCAGGGGGCGGCAAUACUAUCGUAAAGGUGAUCCCGAUCCAGGGCACGACGUCCAAGAUCCUGACGGCGAAGUGGGUCGACAUCUACCAGGCGGACGGCAGCGAGAGGAGUCGGUGGACCACGAGGGGCUUCGAUCAGCAGGUGUACGGGCACGAGAACUUCGCGGCCACGACCCCCUCACUUCCGCACCUGAAGGGCGAAGGUAAUGCUGCGGAGUUGCACUACCGCGUGGUGGCGUUUGGCGACUGCAGUGGGGCUUUCUACCAGGCGCCGCCCACCGAGGACCGUAUCUUCCUGGAGCCACCACCAGAAGCAGAAGUACCGGAAGGUCACUGCGACGGGUGUCUCUUUAUGAUGCUGAGCAGCAGGAUGAUGGCAGGGAGACGCGCCGACGACUUCCUAAUCGCUGGGCCGAGCGACGACGUCGACAAGUUGUUAGAGGUGAUGGGAGAGAGAUUGAAGUUAUCGGACGUGGUCAAGCUCACCAGGACCGGAGGCCACGCGACGUUCCUGAGCAUGCAGGUGGAGAAGGUCGAGGGCGGCUGCACGAUCAGCGGCAAGACGAGCUUGAUCGACGACAUCCUGACAGAGCUGGGCCCGGGGACGGCGAAGCCGUCAGUCUUGCCCGAGGCCAAGAACGAGGUACACAUGAAGAGCGACGAGGUGAAGUUAGACGCCGUGG